AUGCACCAUCCAAACGUAUCCUCCAGCUCGCUAAACGACCACAACUUGUACGAAAUCUCCAUCGGCUCGAGCGCUUUGAAGAAAACCCGCUCAGGCCCCGUCAAACGUGUUGGUCUGAUGUCCUCGCUCCCGUCGCUUAGCGAGCUGAAAAGGCCCGGCGAAUACUACAUUCAAAAGAUCUCGCUGUCUUCAGUCAACUUGGCUAAAACGCCGAAAAAGCCUGCCCUGGCCGGCUCAGACAAUUUCCGUCCUUACCCUGGUCCAUACAGUGCCUCAGACACUUCCAAUGCUUCUACUCACUCUGACGACGCCUCCCUGGACGGCUCGUCCCAGUUUGACUGUCCUGACUCCAGGUUGAGCUCCAUGACGUCUAACUCGCUAUGCUCUAACAGAGGCUCUCACGGGUCCAAGUCAAGUGACAAGCCGCCUUCGGUGGAUCUUCCGGAAGACGCCCUGGACGAGGCCCUGGACGAGUUGGGCCAGAUGAACUCUUCCAUCCUGACCAUCACGCUACGCUCCGAAAGCCGUGCUGCCCUGUUCAGUGGUUCCCUGAAACCACUCCCUCAGUUCCCAAGAAGAGAAUCUGCCUCAGACUUGUCACAGGCUUCUCGCCCAACUCCUCCCAAGUUGCGGGCCGCCUCGACUUCUAGCAUCAACCCCACCAAGACUCAGCCUUCACCUAAACCAAACCUUCAUAGAGUCGGCACGCUGACGUCGAAUUUCAUGUUGACCCGUUCGAAGACAAGGUACUACAACCCUAAAGAAACCAAAGAGCGCAAGGAGCUCCGCAAGAAGGCCUACGAUGAUAACGACGAUGAUGAUGAGAUUUUGCCCAACGACUUGGAUUUGGUGUUCAACGUUCCAGUCAUCAAGAACCACGCCGAGAUUUACAUGAGCCGUCGUGGCUCAUCUUCCUCCUCGCUUUCUCGGAAGGACCUUGUGAACUCCGAUGACGAUCGCUUCAACUCCCUUAGCAAUGUUGCAUCUAUGAAACCAUGCCCGCUUCCGGGCAGACUCAAUCACCCAAAUCUUUCUGUUGAGACCUCACUUCCAACCAUGGAGGAGCGUGAUGAAAACUCGCCGGCCAAGGCAAACGACUCCCAAGUCUUUGACGAAUCCGACGAGUUUGACACAUCCUUCUCUUUCAAUAACGACAGUGAAAUCAGUCAGAACAUCUCGGACUUUUACAACCAGCGCUCCAUGUCUUACUCCAAGAUUAUCAAGGAGUCAAGAGAACAGCAGAUGAUCUACAAGCUUCCCAACUACGUCAAGUCCCAGUCCUCUGUGGACGACUUGUCGUUGUUCUCGCCAGAAAAACUUGACGCAGUGGACCAGUCCAGACCAAUUCACUUGCCUCCAAAAAGCAGUGGUGAGAAGCUGAGACACAGUAAAGAGUUCCAUAAGUUCUUGAGCAAUUAUGAACUCAACACUAAGUUCCAGAACCAGUCCAGAAAGCGCCUGUGUGAAUCUUUUAUCUUGAAUCAACAAAGCUGGUUUAAGUUGAUGGUCACCGUCAAUGAGCCCAAGGAAUUUGCCAAGAAGCUAACUUACGAUCGUGUUAACUUGCGCAAGUUGAAUUGGGAAUCAUUGGUGUCAGACAAGUUCCGCUUCGACUACUUCAUGAAGGUUCUUGCUACCAACCUUGGUGCUGACAAUACUACCAAAGUCAAGGAGUCCUAUGUGAGUCUUGAAGCACGUUACGCUCAGCUUUCCGAGAAGAUGAUCACCAACAAAAACUUAUUGUUUGACCGCAUCAUCAAUGACGCAUUGCAAAGACCUCUUUACAAAACGUUUUUGGUAGAGGCAGCUGAAUCCAAGGAGUCGAUCUUUGAUGUCAACCAGUUCAAGCACAACUUCAGACACUUGCUCUACAUGAAGUCUUUGUCGGAGGGUGGGCUCAAGAAGCAUCACGAGAUUUUCUUUAUACCCGUUUUCUUGAUCUUGUUUCAAUCUACCGAAUCCGUUGAGGAUAUUUUUGUUUUGAUUGAGAUGUUCGAUAAGAGUAUUCUCACCGAUGAUGUUAUUGCCGAUGUCAACAAGUACUUUGGCAGGUUCUCCAACCUAGCACUGUUAUCGAGAUCAAGCAUGCCCUACAAGAUUCUCAGCAAGUUCCAAUCUUUGCAGGAAUUCGAGUAUUUGAACUUCACCAGCUUCUUCGACAUCAUGAUCCAAUUGAACGAUAGAUUGCCAUUGAGUUUGAGUGCCCCAUCAACUCCCAUCAUUGCACAGGGGGCUUUUGGACCACUCAGCUCUGCAAAACAGUCUGCCGAAUUCUCGGAGCAGGACCGCAGUAGCGGACCUAACUCUGUGGAGAGUUUCAGUGAGCUUGAUAUGAAGUCCAGCUUUUCGCUGUCGUCCUCAAUGAGUUUGAUCGGCAUUUUCUUGCAAUUGCUUGUCAUUUACUCAAACUCCUCCAAGAGCAAGAACAAGAACAUCCUGAAGAUGUUCCAAGGAUUCCUCCUCACGAUCUUCAAGUACUACCACAUCAACUGGAACAGCUAUGCGGAGCUUGUUCGCUCGAACAAGUCGAUCAAGCUCAAUAACAGCAGCGACCAAACUUCCAAUUUGGAGUCCUUUGUCGACAAGUGGAAGGACAUCUUCAACAAAAUGUAA